GAAAUUCAAGUGAAGUUCAGAAUGAUGAUACAGAUGAAUUAUUAUCUGAAAAUGAUUCUAUUGACAAAAUUGAAGAACUUCAAGAAGAACUUCAAGAAGAAUCACAAGAAAGAUCACAAGGAAGAUCACAAGAAAGAUCACAAAGAGGAUUCCAAUAA